AUGGAACCAAUUGUGGUCUUCAUUGCCCGUUCUUCUACUAAUCUCAAUGGGCGUACUGUUGAAGCGACGCAUGAAUUCCUUCUGCAGAGCCUGCAGUUCACCCAAAGAGCUUAUGAGAAGACGUAUGGGACGCUCUCUCAGGAUCCAAUCUUUCUUACAUUCAUCCAGUCUUCUGAGGAUUUCCGUCCUCGAGGACAAAUGGUUACUCGACUGUUAGAGAUUCUCAAUAAGGCCAGGGAAACCAGCCAUUCUGUCACUAUGGUUGUGAAUGGAUGGGACGGCAUAUUUACAAAUCCAUUUGUAUUUGCCGACCUCUUCAAACCAUACAGUGAUAUUGAAAUAAAAUUGAGAUUCUUCGUCGAUGUACCACGAGUCUUCAGAGAAGCAGAUGCUCAAGCAGCUAUAAAGCUGCUAAGAUGUGAGAUAGAUACUGAUGAAGCCCCGUUUGAUACAGCUGAGUUUGUGAAAAAUAUCCAGAUAGUCAGCAUUAUAAAGCAGAACCUAUCGGAUUUACGCAACCAGCUCAUUCAGACGACCCAUAACCGCAACACCCCCCCGGACUGGCACUUGAACGAAGAUGCGCCAGCCAAGUACUUAUGUGAUAAGUGUGGUGAAGGAUUUGAUAAGUCCAUUCAUCUAACCAUGCACAAACAGCACAAUCAUGGCAAUGUGUCUGAGGAGGAAAGGACUUGUCGCUACUGCGGCAAGAUCUUUAAACGGAAGGACGUUCGUGUCAAACACGAGGACAGGCUAUGCAGCCUGAAACCUGGAUAUGUCCGUCCUCCUCCUCGCACUCUGAAGCGCUCUUUUCCAAGUGCAAGUGGAUCUACAAACGGAUUCAUUCCAUAUGCAGAGAUCCAGCAGUACUCAGAUGAGUGGCCUGCUAUCGAUGCGGAGAAUCCAGUGAUCUAUAGAGGUGAGGUGUUCUGUCGCUGGUCUGGGUGUCAGCGCAAGACUCCUUUCGAUGAACCAUGCAAGCUGGUCCGACAUCUCAAACGAGAGCAUAAGCUGAACUUGCCGAACAAGAAACCUGGUAAUCUGAAUGCACGGGAACAACGGCUUCAUGAUGAGGGACUUGAGUGGCUUGCACGCUGUGCCUUCUUUGGGAGGGAUAAGGUUGACGACGACGCACCUGUCCCUACUCGGCACUAG